AAUGUUUGAUUCCCAAAAUAAAAAUCAUCUUUUUCCCCCAAAUCUCAUUUUUCAAGAAGAAAACUAUAUAAAGAAAUGAAUCAUAUUUAUCAUCACCCGAUUCUCUGACGCGCCCAACUCUUACGUGUAGGCCACGACCCAAUCAGCAUUCAGGCAUUGUGGGCCCCGCGUCGUUCUGAAGGCCACCUCCCUCAUUGGUAUCCGCCGUUGAAUUGAGAAAAUUUGCCCUAGUCAUCUGGGAAACUCCUCUAUAUUCCACCAUGAACCACCGUUCGCGAUUCCGAUCACCUCCGUCUAUCUCGAUUCUACAUCUUCUAAUCGGCUGCGAUCGUCAUUCUCUUUCAGAUCUGACGAUUUUGUAAUUUGUAAGGGUUAGCAUGGAACCUAUGGACAUUGUCGGUAGAACGAAGGAGGAUGCUUCACUUCCCAAAGCAACUAUGACAAAAAUUAUUAAAGAAAUGUUGCCCCCAGAUGUCCGUGUUGCUCGAGAUACUCAGGAUCUUUUGAUUGAUUGUUGUGUAGAGUUCAUUAAUCUAAUCUCAUCAGAAUCAAAUGAAGUUUGUAAUAGAGAAGAGAGACGGACAAUUGCACCAGAACAUGUACUAAAGGCUUUGGAGGUUCUUGGCUUUGGGGAAUAUAUUGAAGAAGUUUAUGCUGCAUAUGAACAACACAGACUAGAGACUGUGGACACAGUGAGAGCAGGGAAGUGCAGCAAUGUCGCUGAAAUGACUGAAGAAGAAGCACUAGCCGAGCAACAGAGGAUGUUUGCUGAGGCUCGUGCUAGGAUGAAUGGCGGUGUUACAGUUCCCUCAAAACAGCCUGAUUCAGAAGUGGACCAAAACUUGAAUAACUAAUUUUAGGACUUCCUUGUUUUCUGUAGGCAAAGUACAUUUGACUCUUUUUUUUUUAUAAGUAGUUUUGCUUUUGUGUUAUGUACAAAAAGCUCCUGCCAGUGCUAGUUAUGUGGACUCUCCUUUAAUUUGUACUUGUCUCCAUAUAUUGUGUAAUUAAUGAGAAGAAUUAUCUACAUU